AUGAUUCAAGAAUGGAAGAAAAAAGUGGAGAGGAGGAGGCCGACUGCCUCCUUUGUCCUGGAUUUGGGAGUUGAGCGCCUUCGUCGCCAUUGGCUUUCCUCCCCAAGCUCCAGCCUCUCUCAUCUUGGGAAUCUGCGUCAGAAGUCACUCGCAGUCCCGCCAGCCCUGAUACCCUGUCGGGCGACAGUAACGCCGACUCCGGUGCUCGCGGGGCCGGUCGGGAAGAGGAAGAAGUCGCUCGUCUCGUGUAGCACUCGCCACAACGGUUCUUCCAACCGCCUCCACCAGCGACAACCGCUAAGAGAGCUGCGCAGCAGAGCGACUGGCUUGGGGGGAUGGGAGAGAGCGAGCGAGAAGGAGGGGGUGGGGCGAGAGCAACGAAGACCGACGGGCCCACUCUCGCGAGACAAGAGCCUCGAUCCCGCCUUGGCGCUUAAGCAAGAAGUGCGCUUGCGCGCUAAGGGGUUGUCCUGUGUGUUGGGGAAGCAGUGGAAAGUAGCGGAGCUGGUCCCGUUAGAAAAAGACGCGGAUUACUGUAAAACUGUUAAAUGUUUAGAGCCUACCUUUCUGCCCACUCCGGGAGGAUGUGAAGUGACAGUAGUAGUUCUGCCAGUGUGUGUUGAAGCGGUUUGGAGAAGUUCGAUUCUCUGUCCGCACCAAGAACAAAUUCCGUGGAGGCCCCACCCAUACCCCUGCGUCACCUGCAGGAAAGGGAUGCCACGUGGUUCGGCGGCCAAAUGCGAGGAGGGCUUUUCUUGUCAGGUUUGUGUUAUGCAGUAAAAAUAAGUGUUUCCCACCCCCACCCCCCCGCAAAGAUACAGAAGUGUCCUCCAGACCCCCAUUUUGGCUCUUGGUCUGGGAUUCCUUCCCUUCCGCGGCACUAGGGCACCGGCCCCGCCCCCCUCCCCACCAGCGGGUCUCCUCCCCUGAGGCCUCUCAAUUUCCCCUUUGAUAGUCCCAGGAGAAAGUUACUCGCUUUCUCCUUGUGCCUUCCUGUUCUCUCUUGCUUUUCAUCUCUCCACUUGUCUUUAUUGAAGUAUAAUUAACAUACAGUGUUAUAUUAGUUUUAGGCGUACAACAUUGAUUGGACAAUUCUAUUCUCAGUGCUCAUUAGGAAAAGUGUCACCAUCUGUUACCAUAUAAUGUUAUUAUAAUGUUAUUGACUAUAUUCCCUAUCCUGGGCUUUUCAUCUCUGUGACU